AUGUGUGGUGCUGCUUUGGCCAAUGCAUGGAUUAUUGAUAGUAUCGAUAUGCAUGACACGGGCCAUUAUACAAAAGGACAUGCCGGCUGUGCCUUAGUACCAUCGUUGAUCUCGUGUAUACACAUUUACGAAAAAACUAACAAUAACAAAAAGUUGACUGGAAAAGAAUUUUUAACAACAUUGGUGGUUGGUUAUGAAAUAGCUUAUAGAGCUGGACAUUCAUUACACGUAACGGUGUCGGAUAUACACAGCAGUGGUUCAUGGGUUAGUUUGGGAUGUUCGGCUAUGUUAUGUCGUUUGUUGAAGUUAUCCUUUGAUUGUACAGCUCAUGCUUUGGGCAUAGCAGAAUAUUACGGACCAAGAUCCCAAAUAAUGAGAUGUGUCGAUUAUCCAACGAUGUUAAAAGACGGAUUGGGGCAAGGUGCUCUCGUAGGAAUAUCAUCGGCACUCUUAGGUGAAUUAGGCUUUUCUGGUAGUCCGGCUGUAACAAUGACAAAAACAGAUGAUAAUCAAUUACUGUUUGACAUUUGGGAUUCAUUGGGAAAAGAAUAUAGAAUCAAUAUUGUUCAUGUUUACAAAUAUCAUGCUUGCUGUUAUUGGGCACAGCCAUCAUUGAAUGCCAUUGAGAAACUAAAACGAAAAUAUCCAGAUAUAGAUUUUACGGAUGAUAAAAUUUUUACCAUCAACAUCUACACAUUUCCUGAAGCAACAUGUCUGUUACAAACAGUGCCAAAAACAAGCGAUCAAGCACAAUAUUCAAUAUCAUUUUCAACAGCAGCUGCUCUCAUUUAUGAUAGAGUCGGCCCAAAACAACUGAACGGAAUGAACGAUCAGAAAAUAAUUAAUUUAAUAGAAAAAAUUCAUGUUCAUAUAGAUCCACAAUUAGAUCCGACAUUUAUGCUGGGUGAUGGUGAGAAAGGUAAAACAAUAGAUGAUAAAAACAUCCCGGCUAUGACGAGUAAUGCAAGUACAAUCGUCAUAACGCUGCAUGAUGGUAGUCAAUAUAAUUCUGGUCUGUCAUUUGUAAAAUGGGAUAAAUUGGCUGGUGAAAACGAACCAUCGGAUGAAGAUUUAAUUGAGAAAUAUCUUUGGUUAUGCGAAGAAGCUGGAGUCAAAGAUAGAGAAAUAGUUGAAAAAUUAAAAAAUAUUUGUAUCAAUGAUAUAGAAAAUAUUGAGGAUAUGAAUAUUUUACAAGAUAUUAUAGCUAGUAUAGAUUGUAAAAAUUCAUUUAAACAUCAAACCAAUAAUAAUAAUAAUAACCUCUUUCAAAGUCAAUGA